AUGAAGAUGUUAACAAAGUUCGAAUCUAAGUCGACGAGGGCGAAAGCUAUUGCGUUUCAUCCUUCUAGACCAUGGGUGUUAGUGGCAUUAUUUUCGUCAACAAUUCAGCUUUGGGAUUAUAGAAUGGGUGUGCUAUUGCACAGGUUUGAAGAUCAUGAAGGUCCUGUGCGUGGAGUUGAUUUUCAUCCCACACAGCCACUGUUUGUUUCCGGUGGGGACGAUUAUACUGUUAAGGUGUGGUCUUUAGAUUCACGAAAGUGUUUAUUUACAUUGCAUGGUCAUUUAGAUUAUGUGAGGACCGUAUUCUUUCAUAAUGAGUUGCCCUGGAUAAUUUCAGCAUCAGAUGAUCAGACUAUUCGGAUCUGGAAUUGGCAAAAUCGGAAGGAAAUAGCUUGUUUGACUGGUCAUAACCAUUUUGUAAUGUGCGCACAAUUCCAUCCAAAUGAAGAUUUGGUUAUAUCAGCUUCUCUUGACGAGACAGUGAGGGUUUGGGAUAUUUCCGGUUUAAGAAAACGGCAUUCUGCUCCUGGAUCUCAGAACUUUGAUGAAGUUAUUUCACAACAAAAUCUUUUUGAUGGUGGUUUCGGUGAUUGUGUUGUGAAGUUUAUCUUAGAGGGACACACGAGGGGUGUUAAUUGGGCUUCUUUCCAUCCUACACUGCCCUUGAUUGUCUCUGGAUCUGAUGAUCGUCAGGUCAAAUUAUGGAGAAUGAGCGCUACAAAGGCGUGGGAGGUUGAUACGUGUAGAGGACAUUCGAACAAUGUAGACAGCGUCAUAUUUCAUCCUUACCAAAAUCUAAUUAUUUCUGUUGGAGAGGACUCUACGAUCAGAGUUUGGGACCUGGACCGGAGGACACCUGUAAAGCAAUUUAAAAGGGAGCAAGACAGAUUCUGGUUAGUAAGAGCUCAUCCAAACAUCAAUUUGUUUGGUGCUGCUCAUGAUUCGGGUAUCAUGAUCUUUAAGUUAGACCGUGAAAGACCACCAACUGCAAUCAAUCAGAACCAGCUCUAUUUUGUAAACAAGGAAAAACAGGUACAAAUGUUUGAUUUCGACAAAAAGGUGUCUUCCCUACCAUAUUUGUCGUUGAAGAAUAUUGGGAGAUCGUAUAAUACCUUCAAAUCUAUCUCUUACAAUCCAUCUCAGCACUCCAUCCUAGUGAAUUCUACUUCGAAAGAUGGCAACAAGUUUGCUUUAUGUGUGUUACCAAAACAAUCAACUGGCGCAGUUGAAGCUUCUAACGUAAUUGAAGACAACGGUAGCUUUGCAACUUUCGUGGCACGUAACAGGUAUAUUGUUUAUAAUCAGUCAACCGAGUCCAUUGAUGUUCGUGGAUUGGACAACAGGGUCACAAAAUCUAUCAAAAUAGAGGGUACUGUGAAGGAUAUUGUAUAUGGUGGCCCAGGCGCAGUUCUCAUAUUCCAACCCAAAUCUGUUGUCCUGUUUGACGUUCAGCAAGGUAAAAAAGUUGCAGAGGUUAUGCUAAAGAAUGUGAAGUAUGCAGUUUGGUCCCCCGAUGGACAAUAUGUUGCUCUAAUGAGCAAGCAUACUUUGACCAUUGCCACAAGAAAGUUAGAAAUAACAACUUCAAACCAUGAAACAAUCAGAAUCAAAUCUGCUGCAUGGGAUGAGAAUGGUGUUCUGAUUCUAUCCACCUUAAACCAUAUUAAGUAUUGCUUAUUAAAUGGUGAUAGUGGAAUCAUAAAGACUUUGGAAAAGACCUUAUAUGUCACUAAAGCCCAUGGAAAGUUAAUAUAUGCUUUGAAUCGCGAUGGGGACGUUGAAAUAUUAACAAUUGACCCCACAGAAUAUAGAUUCAAAAAGGCUUUGGUAAACAAAAACUUCCCAGAAGUCUUGCGGAUUAUUAAGAACUCUAACCUAGUUGGUCUAAAUAUUAUUUCUUACUUGCAAAAAUCUGGCUAUCCAGAAAUCGCGCUGCAGUUUGUUGAAGACCCCAAAACUAGAUUUGAUUUGGCUUUGGAAUAUGGCAACUUGUCGGUCGCUUUGGAAGAAGCAAAUAAGCUAGACAAUGAUGCUGUUUGGGAACGUUUGGGUAAGGAAGCUUUGAGCCAAGGGAAUUUAAAUAUUGUUGAGUUAGUCUAUCAAAACUUGAAGCAACUUGACAAGUUGUCUUUCUUGUACUUAUUGAAGGGUGAUUCUGGCAAGCUUUCUAAAAUGGAAAAUAUUGCUGAACAACGUGGGGAUAUAUCCGCCUUAUUUUUAAACACAAUUUAUGGCAAUUCUAUUGAUAACAGAAUCAGUCUUUUUGCUAAAGCUGGUUCCACCCCUCUAGCCUACGCUGUUGCUGUUGCUAACGGGCAACAAGAAGCUGCUGCUGACAUCUUGAAACAGGCCGAAGUUAAUGAAAAGGAUGUUGUUUUGCCUGAUUCCAUGUCGGAGGCCAAAUACGUAAAGCAAUCUGUUCUUCAGGAACCAUUCGAAAACUGGCCGUUAACGGAUGCUGAUCUUUCAUAUUUUGAAAAAGCUGUUUUGGGUCAAAUUGAGGAAUUGGAACUUGAAGAUACCAGUUUAGAAACCGAAGCGAAAGCUUUAGAUGUCGAUGCAAAUGCAGAAAUUGAUUUGUUAGAAGACUUAGACGCUGUUGGUGAAGAAGAUGCAUGGGAUAUGGGUGAUAAUGACCUGAAUAUUGGCGAUGAUUCUAUCCAAGAGGAGACUGCUAUAGAUGAAGAGGUUGUUACAGGCGAUGACAACAUCUGGGUUAAGAAUUCCAAGAUACCAGCUGUAUUUGUUGCUGCUGGUGCAUAUGAGGCUGCAGCUCAAGCAUUAAAUAAACAAACUGGUGUUGUGAAUUUUGAACCCCUAAGAUCUCGUUUCAACGAUAUCUACGAAGGCGCCAGAACUUAUAUGUGUGGUACUCCCAGUGAACUACCUCCAAUUACUGGGUACAUCCGUAGCAAUGUAAAUGCUGACGAUUCCAACAGUCUACCGUAUGUUUCUGGAGUUAAUUGUGUUACGAACAAAAUGAAUGAAGGCUUCCGACUCUUUAAGGCUAAUAAUUUGGAAGCUGCUGUGGAAACCUUCCGUGAUGUCAUCUACACAGUAAUACUCUUAGCUGUGGAUAACGAGAAAGAUGAAGAGCUUGCCCGUAAUGCUCUUUCAACUGCUAGCAAUUACAUCUUGGGUUUGUCUAUCGAGUUGGAACGUCGCUCUCUGACCACAGACAAUGUCAAGCGCAACCUAGAAUUAGCGUCCUAUUUCACCAGGGUAAAAUUGUUCCCUCAACACAGAAGCAACGCUUUACAAGUUGCAAUGUCGCAGUCUUUCAAGCACAAAAACUUUGUUCAGGCAUCCUAUUUUGCUGGUGACUUCUUGGAGAUUGUGACCUCUGGCCCCAGGGCAGAACAGGCUAGAAAAAUCAAAGACAAAGCUGAUUCCAUCGCCAAUGAUGCCGUAGAACUCGAUUUCGACCCCUACGCUGAAUUUGACCUUUGUGCAGCGACGCAUACACCUAUCUACAAAGGGUCUCCUAGUGUCGUUGAUCCAUUAACAGGAGCCAAAUAUCACAUUUCUGAAAAUGGCAAGAUUGAUCGGAUUGCCUUGAUAUCUAAAAUUGGCGUACCUGCUUCAGGGCUAAGAAUUCAUGUAUAA